UUCUUCACAGUAGAGCGGCAGUUAUGGUUUGUUGUUGUUAGUUGUUGUCACCAGCUGACAGCUUUUUAAUUAGAUGUUGUAGCGUGAAAGUCUUAAGGUAAAUCUAUAAAGCCCUAAAAGUUGCUUUAUUAACUUUAUAUCAACCAGGUAUAGUUCAAGCACCAGCUGCUAGACAAUGCGCUGAUUUGCUAAAAGUAAUGUAACUGUUAUGCUCGAAUAAACAAUUAAAGAUGCAAACGACAAGACCUAAAGCUGGGAAACAGUUGUCUUGUGGUGUUGAAAAGAACCGGACACGUAAAACACCCAUACGAAAAAACACUUACAGGGUCGGAUAUACUUGGAAUCGAGGUGGUAGACUUAAAGAGCUGAGGAUACGGCAUCUCGCUCGAAAGUUCCUUCACUUAUGGAUUCGGAAGACAUUUGGACGAAUAACAACAUCACAAGCAAGGUCAAGUUUGUGUUUUCUUUACAGAUCUCAUUAUUGUAAGGUGGUCCUGAGGAAGACCUUAGGGGCUUGGAAAGAUGAGUGGUGGCAUGCAAGAAAAGAAUGGACCUUAAAUAUAAGGGCGGAUUGCCAUUAUACGUAUAUACUGUAUAGCAAAACUUUUCAAGCCUGGCAGGAGUAUGUUGCUGUCCAGAGAGAAGAAAAGAAAAAACUGCAGCUUGCAAUCAGAUUUGAGACAAAGCACAAGCUGCGUUCUGUAUGGAAUGGCUGGGAACUGUACUUGGACAUGUGUCGCAUGAAACGCAGGAUGCAGGAGGCAGCAGUGCAGCACGAAAAACUUGCUGUACUAAAGUGGGUUUGGACUGUGUGGAAUAUGACACUACAGCACAGGGAUGUGGAGUACCAUCAAGAAGAUCUUGCCUUGCAACACUGGGCUCACACUGUACAGAGCAGAGCAUGGCUGCAGUGGAGAGAAAGGAUGAAACAUGCCUAUGUUCUGAAAGAAAAAGAGUCCAAAGCUCAUCGUCACUAUUGUCUUCAGCUGUUAAGACAUGCACUACAUGGAUGGGUCAGACACACAGAGAACAGACAGGAUAAAAACAAGAAAACAGCUGUUGCUCAGGAUGUACAGCGUGUUGUUGUGCUGGAGAAGUUCUGGUGUCAGUGGAACAAUGUGCUGCAAUCCAGACGUGCUGAGAAAGACAGAGGACAGAGAGCAGACAAAUUGGCUCAGCAUGGCUCCCAGCGGCUGGCGUUCACACACUGGAGACACUAUGUCAGUUUGUGCUCACAGAAGGCUAAGAAGGAAAAGGCUGCAAUGUGUCACAGACAACUCCAUCUUCUGCAUUUGGGUUUAAGAGGGCUUGCUCUAAACGUCACUCAAAGUAAAAUUCAUCGAGUCAACAAGAACAUUAGUGUCCAGCAUCAUCAUCAAAUUUUGCUGGCAAGGAGUUGGAAAGUCUGGCAGUUGCGCUUGGAUCAGGCAGAGGACAGAAGCCUGCAGCCCUGGAUGAAUGUUGCACAGGCCCAUCACAAAUUCUCUGUGCUGAGAUCUUGCCUUCGUCAUUGGAGAAAACAUCUCACAGAACACAGACAAAUGCAGGAGUUGGAAAUACGUGCUGAUGCCUGCUUUGCCCGACAUAUCUUUCCACAAUGUGUAAACACUUGGAUGGAGUUUACAGCACAGCACACAGAGAAACGAGAGCGGAAAGAGAGAGCUGAACAACAUUACAGGCAACAGACUUGCGGUUGGGCAUUUUACACCUGGUUUAGAAACUUGGAGGUACAGAGAGAUCAGAGACUUGCUGAAAGAACGGCUGUGUUGCAUUCCGAGCACGUGUCUUGUGCCCGUGCCUGGUCUAAGUGGUACCGCAGUGCUGUACAGCACAGAGAGGAGAGAUUCAAACAAGCAGCAGCCGACUCACUUUACAAACACACUCUGCUACGCAGAUCCCUGAACCAGUGGAGAAACCUUGUCGCAAACAUACAGACCAGUCAGAGACAUUUCAAGCAGGCAGAGGAUCAUUAUGGGCAGUGCUGUCUAACAAGAGCCAUGGCAGACUGGCAUCAGUACGUAGAUCACAAAAGACAGAAGAGAGAGAAGCUUGCACAAAUGGAGAAACACUACAACAGCAGAUUGCUCAAGCAUGCUCUAGAAGCUUGGAAGUCAUAUCAUUUUCAGGCUCAAUCAAUCAACCAGAAUGUGGAGUGCCGUUACCGGGAACAUCAACAGCACCUUGUCAGGAGGAUGUUCUGUUUGUGGAGAAUAAAUGUGUCACAGUUAAUGGAAGAGAGAGAAAAGGAAAACAGAGCUGAGUGUUUUUCUCAAAAGCACCUUCUAUCUCAGGUGUUUCUGGCAUGGCGACAGAGAACGGUAUCUGCUCAUCUUCAGCGUCACCAGCAGGAGGAAGCUCUGAGACAAGCUCAAACACAUCUUGAUAAAUAUCGCAUGCAGGUGGCUUUGAGAAGAUGGAGAGAGCGAAGCACAGAGGUAAAAGACGAGAGACUAGCGAACGAGAUGGCCAGCAGACACUACAACAGCAACCUGGGAAAAAGAACCCUCAACACAUGGACCAGCAAUAUACAGCAUCACAAAACUUAUGAGGUAAUGAAGAAAAGAAGCUUUGAGCUUCACAGGUUGAGAAUUUGUCAGCGCUUUUUUAUCUGCUGGAAAACACAGCUGCAGAGCAGAAGAACAGAAGCAGAGAAAACUGAGACUGCCCUUUGGCAUUGGUCCCUCAACCUACAGGCUAAAGUAUUUUGCAUGUGGCGGCUCUGGAUUGCAGAGCGUCUGAGAAAACAGAAGCGUUUGACUGAAGCAGCUCAGUUUUACAGAGAUGAACUGUUGAGAGAGGGUGUCACACACAUCCUCACGCACACUGCACACAUGAGUGCGUUCUCAACUAACAUUGCCCAGCACAGCUAUGAACAGAGCUGUCGUCAGCUGCAGGAAGUGGUAAGGCGCUGUGCCAUACGAUGGAAGCAGCGAGCACUGUGCAAGCCUGUCAAGGAUAAAACAGACACCCACCCCAAGAAGAGUGUGUCUUUUUGUCUGCCGGAAGACCACACCUCUAUUCCCACCCCCUGUCCAAUCAGGAGCCAAACAGCAGAGCAGAGACCGAAUGAGUCCAUCAUCAGUCAGCUGUGGUCAGUUCGAGCAUCUAGAUUGCAACCGAGGAGACCAGAUGACCUGCUGCAGUCCCCAUUCAAAUCUCUGCCACAUGACUUCCAGAUCAGCAGUAGCCACAGGGCAUCUAUAAGAGAAACUUUUCCAUUACCCUCAGUCCAUCUGACCCACAACCCACUGGAGUCACCAAAGGUCCUCCCCUUUAACCCUGGCCCUCCAGGAUAUAUCGCCACUCACAGCCAGGACAUACUGCUUCCUCCAUCUUCAUUUACUGUAUCUGUAGCACAUGGCAAGCAAAAAAGUUUAAAAGAUCAGGAGCUCGGACUGCAUUCUAUGCAUUUCAAUACUCACCUCCAAACACAAGGUGUGCAUGAGAGAUUACCUGAGCAGGAAGAGGAGACUGAGGAAGAUGAGACUGUAGAUGUGGAGCAAACAGAAAAUCUCACCAAAGAACUACUAGAUAUUAGACUGGAAAUGCAACGAUACCAGCAAGACAGAAAACAGCUACAGGCAUGGCGUAAGCUCCAAAAGGUCUUGAGUAACUGGCUUGAAACAACAGGCAUUGAGGGAGAAACUGAGGAACGAGAAAGCAUCUUAAAGGAGUUAACUGAGCUUGAGAGCAGCAUUUCUUCUCUAUCUUUGAGAUUAAACAAACAGAAACCUACCAUGAUUCGCCAUGCUGCCAGAGUUAACACCAUCCAGAGCCAACUACUACCGUCCAAUGUUAAUACAAAAACAUACACUAAGUAUGAAAUAUAAUUUUAAAAAAAGUCUGUAUUGUGCAACCCAUUAUAUAAUGCCAAAACAAUGUCAGAUGAUAUGGCAAAAUUGUGACUCAAAAGCUGUUUUUAGUUCAUUUAUUUAUUUGCAAAGACACUGUUGUUAAUAUGUAUUUUAUAUUUAAUAAAGCAUUAAAUCCUAUAUUUUGA